ACAGGAAGAAGGGCGAGGUUUUAGUUUUCAGUUAGUCUGUGGAAACUCUUCGUGGAACUUGCAAGCUUUCAGCAUGGCUAUUAUUGUUUACUACUGCAGCAUUACUGCCAAAGUUGAGCUGGAGAAGAAGCAGAAACACAUUGAAAGUGUCUUGUCUUCGAAGGGAAUACCCUACACAUUACUGGAUCUGUCGGCAAAUGCGGAACUUAAAGAUGAAAUGAGAGCAAAAGUAGGGGAUCCCAAUGCAAUGGCACCACAAAUAUUUAAUGGAAACCAAUACUGUGGGGAUUAUGAUGCCUUUUUCCAGGCUGUGGAAUCUGAGAAGAUAGACUCCUUUUUGAAGUUGGAGGUUGCCUAGAAUCAGGAGAAUUAAUGUAUCAGCAAAUAAUAUCUUGCGUAUUUUGGUAUGAAGUAAUUUUUUUCCAAAUAUCUAUAUGGUAAUAGUACCCGAGACAAAAUGUUCUUAUUUUGGGCAUUUCUGCAGUUUAUUUCUUAAAUAUUUUGGAAGUAAUAAUUCUAUAGUCAUGUAAAUCAUGAAAACAAAUAAAUUGCUUCAA